UUGUCAGGCUGGAACAAAUGGCCAAGUGGCUGAAAGAUUACUUGAGUUUUGGGAGCAGGAGGUCUCCUCCACAGCCCCCCAAGCCCGACUACACAGAGAGUGAGAUUUUAAAGGCUUACAGAGCGCAGAAGAGCCUGGAUUUUGAGGAUCCCUAUGAAGACAGCAACAGUAAACUGGAACUGGAUCCUGUGGGGUCGGGUUCCUCAAAUACAGCAGCUGCUGGUGGCUGUGCGGAAGGGAAAUACACCUCCCCAAAACACAGGCUUAUCAAAGUGGAGUCCACAGACCUGAACAGAGGCAAAGCUCUGUUGGCGACGGCUGCUGAGGAACUCAAAGGCGGGCAAGAGCAGGGCGAUGGCGACAGCGAGUACUCCAACCCCUUCAAUGCCAGCCGGGAGCAGCCAGGGGACGUCGAGGGGACGGUGCCGGAGAACAAUGGCUACAUGGAGCCUUACGACGCCCAGCGGGUGGUGGCAGAUCUCCAGGGCAAAGGCGACUGGGAGGGCCGGUGGGGGCAGAAGUGCCAGCAGGGGCUGCAGCUUUACGACACCCCCUAUGAGGAGCAGGGGCGAGACCCAGAAGGUGGCCUGGCCAGCCCGGCCCGCGAGAGCCGCCUGCCCCAAGAUGACGAGCGGCCGGCGGAUGAGUAUGAUCAGCCCUGGGAGUGGAAGAAAGACCACAUCUCCCGGGCCUUUGCAGCAGUGCAGUUUGAGAACCCCGACUGGGAGCGCCCCUCCUCCCUGAACAAAGAGCGCUGUUGGCCGCCGAAGCACCUGACGGCAGGCCCCAAGCACGGCCGAUCGCAGAGCCCAGAGCGCAGCCCGCCCAUGGCCGAGCACGUGGACCCCUCGCUGCCACUGGAGAAGCAGGUGUGGUACCACGGCUCCAUCAGCAGAGUGGACGCCGAGACCUUGCUGACUCUGUGCAAAGAAGGCAGCUACCUGGUGCGGAACAGUGAAACCAGCCACCAUGACUACUCCCUGUCGCUCAGGAGCAGCCAGGGCUUCAUGCACAUGAAGUUCACCAGGACCAGGGAGAGCAAGUAUGUGCUGGGCCAGAACAGCGCCCCCUUCGAGAGCAUCCCCGAGGUCAUCCACUACUACACGGCUCAACAGCUGCCCGUCAAAGGCGCCGAGCAACUCUCGCUGCUGUACCCCGUCGCCGUGCAGACCCUCUGAUGCUGGGGGGGACACUGGGUGCUUGCUGACCACGAGGAAGGGCUGGGCCGGCCCCAGCCCAGCCCCUACGGGCGAAUGCCCGGCCGUUUUAGCACAGGGGACUCCUGCUUCGAAGCAGCAAUGGCAAGUCGCUCGGGCUGCAGUGCUGCGUCCAAUGCCCUCCAACCCCUGCGUCUUGCUCUGGGGGGGUGGCCUUUGUCCUGGAAGGUCCCACACAGCGAAGGGGUUAGCCUGGAGUCAUCCCUUCUAGCCACAUCUGGGAGCUUCUGCUUCGGGGCUGUUUGUCCGGGAGAUUCCCUUUCCCCUCCGCCCCCUCCUUGGUCUCCCCUACUCUGGGA